AUGAGAAUACUUAGACUACGAAAGAAUCAAAAAUUAGCCAUAUCUUUGGUUUUAUUAUUCACAAUUAUUGGAUUAUUGAUAUUCACAGUUACCAAUUAUGAUAUAGAUACUUCCACUAUUCAAAGAACUUUUAAAUUGGAGAACUUUGUUAAUUUAAGUAAUAAUGAAACUCAUGAUCCUACACCAUUAUUAGCUGGUCAAUCCAUUGUGACUGAUAAUGAAAAAGAAACUUUCAAAUUAAAUACAAACCCAGUGGAAUUUAUACAGACAAAAUAUGAAAGUGAACCAGGAAAGGCAGAUAUAUCAAUUGAACAAAUAUAUAAAUUUAAAAAAUUCUUAAAUGAUGAAAUCUUAACACCAAUCUUGGAUGAAGAUUCUUCAAUUAAAAAAGUUUCAUCUUUAUUUGAACAAUCUCAUUAUAGUGAAGGUAAAAAGAAACCACAUACAGCGGGACCUGUUAAAGAAAAUUAUCGUGAAGAUCCUGUUUAUACAAAAGAUUUUUUAUUACAAUAUUUAACUUUAACAAAUCAAGAAGUAUCAAUAUUGAAAAAAUCACAUUCAAAUAUUGUUAAAUCAUUACCAAAUUCAUUCCCUAAUGAAGUUGUUGAAUCUACAUUUACAGAUUCACAAAAUAAUCCAACAAAUGGAUAUGUCUAUGUUGGAGGAGCACAAUUGAAUUUCUUAACUUUAUUAUCAAUUAAAACUCUUAGAGCUUCAGGAAGUGUUUUACCUGUUGAAAUUAUCAUUCCAAAACAUUUAGAAUUUGAUAUUGAAUUAUGUAAUUACAUUUUCCCCAAAUUAAAUGCAAAAUGUUUAAUAAUGGAAGAUUUUAUUGGUAAAUCAACAAAGAAAAAAAUUGAUAAAUAUCAAUUAAAAUCAAUAGCAAUGUUAAUUAGUUCAUUCCAAAAUAUCUUAUUCUUAGAUGGAGAUAAUAUGAUUGUGGAAAAUCCAGAUUAUUUAUUUUUCAAUGAACCUUUUAAAAGUUAUGGAUUAAUUACUUGGCCUGAUUUAUGGAGAAGAUCAACAUCACCUUUUUGGUAUUCAAUUGCAAAUAUUGAUGUUAAUGAAAAUAAAAAAAUUAGAAAUUCAUAUUGGCAUAACUUCCAUAAACAAGAUUUAAUUUCACAAGAUGGUGAACAAGGGUUUGGAAAUGAUUGGUUAUAUUCAUAUCAUGAUUUCCAAGGAACAAUACCCGAAACAAGCUCUGAAAGUGGUCAAUUAAUGAUUAAUAAAAAAACUCAUGCAAAGACAUUAUUUUUAUCAAUUUAUUAUAAUAUUUAUGGUCCAAAUUAUUAUUAUCCAUUAUUAACACAAAAUUCUCAUGGUGAAGGUGAUAAAGAAACUUAUAUAUCUGCUGCACACUCUUUGGGUCAACCUUAUUAUCAAGUUGAAGAAUUUCCUCGUGAUUUCCAAUCAAAUAAUGGUAAGAAUAGACAAGGUAAAACUAGAACAAUUCAUGCAGUUGGUCAAUAUGAUCCUUCGAAUGAAUUUGAAUUAAAAUUAAAUCAAGAUGGGAAAACAUCAAGACAAUCAAUCAAUGAUUAUAAAUAUAUUAAUGAUAAAUCUCAUUGGGAAUAUAAAAUUUGGAAAGAUUCUAAAAUUAUGUUUUUACAUUGUAAUUCACCUAAAUUAUAUACAUGGGAAUUAUUAAAAGGUUCAUUAACAUCAAUGGGACAAAAAAUAAGAUUAUAUGGAGAUUUAAUAUCUCAAUUAACUCCAUUUUCAAAUGAUCAAAAAGAUUCUAAAAUUGAACCAAGAGAUUUUGAAUUAGAAUUAUUUGAACAUAUGAAAUGGUAUUUUUGUGAUCAUAAAGAUAUUAAAAUUAAAGGUUUACCAAGUUUAGAUUUUGAUAAGAUUUGUUUAGAAAUUAAGGUUCAUAUUGAUUUUUUGAAAAAAUCAAAAAAAUGA